UUUUGUAUCGUCGUCGAAAUUGAAAUAGUAUUUCGGUGUUUUGUCUGUUUGAAACUGCAACAAUGUCUGAUAACACAUUUCCUGUCUUCACUGCGGAUGCGAUAGUGAACUUUUACCGAACAGAAGUUCUCACUGGACAAGAGGCAAAACACUUAGCGAAGAGCGAUCUGACUCCUGCUCCAAAGCCAGAGACAGUUCAAACAUUGUACACGCGAGUGCUGCACCUCCUCUAUCACUUCAGACCCGAGUGUCACUCCAUGGUUCCACUUUUGGAGAACAUUCAGUAUCCAGUAUAUCAUGAGGGGGCAACUUCCAUCAUGAGCGUCUACAUACGCAUGCGGCAGUUUCUGCCUUUCUGCUUGGUGUACGAUUUUUCACUGAAUGACCUUCUGGCUCCAAAAAAACAGAGGACCCUGACUGUUCUAAGCGCCAUCAUGAACUUUCUGCAGUUCAGGAAGCUGAGGAUGGUUAAGACGUUGGAGAAGCAGGCCAAAUUUAGGGCAGACGUGGACCGUCUACAGGCUUACACUAAAGGCACCUUAGAGGCAGAGAGGAAGAUUGAGAUGCUGACGACCAUCCCACCAGAGCAGCAGGCUGAGGCUGAUGAGCUGGCAGCCGCGCUCUCUGAGGUGCACACCAACACCGCGCAUUUGUCCCAGGAAGUGACUGCUAAAAAAGACCGCGUAGCAGAGUUGAAAACCUUCAUUGCAGAGAAGACUCAGAAGCUGGCCCAGCUGAAGGUGGACAUCAGCAACCAGAAGGAAGACAUCAGUAAACUCAAGUCUCAGAUUGUGGAGUCUCCAGAGGAGCUGAAGAGUCAGAUGGAGAAGAUGAGGGAGAAGGUCAAGAACAUCAAGAUCUCCAUAGAAGAAGCAGAUGAGCGUGUGGUUGAGCUGCAGAACAUGUUGCAGAGUGUGUCUCACACUGAAGCUGAGCUCCAGCUGAUGUACAACCAGCUGCAGGACCUGGAGAGCAGCAUGAACAACACUAAUCAACGGCAUGAGGAGAACCAGGAGCUGACGGCUCAGUAUGAGAAGAAGCAGAAGGAGCUGAAGAACCUUUACAUGGAGGAAGGCCAGCUGAAGCGAGCUCUGGGUAUGAAGCUGGACAAACAGUCCAAACAGAGCAUCCGCAGGCAGAAGAAGAAAGAGAUGAAGGAGCAGCAUGUUCAAGACGUGUUGGGGCAGUGCAACCAAAUCCAACAUAAGCGUGAGGAGAUGGCUGACAAAAUCCAAGAGAUCUCCAGGGAGACGAAGCAGCUGAAGGCCAAGAUCCAGAGCCUGAGAGACGUCUGCAGCAAAGAGAAAGAGAAAGCUCAGGCCCUGUAUAACACCCUGUCGACUUCGAUGGACGAGCUGCACAUGAGAGUUGAGAUGCACAUCGUGGACGUGAAGUGCGAUGUCACCAAGAUGGCGCCAAACUUUUAAACGGAUCAUUUUACAUGUUCAUCUUUUCAUUACUGUGGUCGUACUUCUUUGUUAAGCGUUUGUUUUUACUGUACUAACCUUUUGUUGCCUUUUGAAUUCACUAUUUAAAAUGAAAAUAAAUGAAUAGAACUUGUAUAUUAAUGAAACUAAAUGCUGCCGUCCUUUGUUAUUAGCUAAUAAAUCCGAUGGGUCCAGGCUGUGUAGGUCGCAGGCUUCAGAAUGAGCAAAUAUGUUAACAUACUUGUACUAGUGUGGCCUAGAGUUCAUAUGCUUUGUACAUUUGUUCCAUUAUCAGGCUUUCUAAAACUUCCAUAGCCUUAAGUUGUCCAGUACAAUAAAGCA